AUGCUUCAAGUCAUCUUUCUUGGCCCGCCGAUCGUAGAAGAUGACUUUUGCAUGGCCAGGUUUGUCCUUGCCGGCACCGUUCUCAAUGUCUUCAGAGGCCAAAUCGUCUUCGGUAGCGCCCCAAGUGUGGGCAAGAAGGGCGUAGGGCGGGAGUUUGUCGCCAUCGUAGCUGGUUAUGGUCACUUGGUCGCCGGAGCCGGCUAUUCUAUGCUUGCUAGGACUGAACUGUACGAGGCGCAUAUCAGCCUCAUCAUGCUUUCUUUCAUCAUUGAGGCUGAGGCUGGCAGGACGUGA